AACAACAACAACUCCUGCCCCGACAACAACAACUGAGGCAGCAACUACAACAACUGCUGGUCCAACAACAAUUAGAGCAGCAACUACAACACCUAAUGCCCCGACAACAACAACUGCUGCCCCGACAACAACAACUGCUGCUCCAACAACAACCACGGCAGCGACUACAACAACUGCUGCUCCAACAACAACAACUGUUGCUCCGACAGCAACAACUGCUGCCCCUACAACAACAACAACUACUGCUCCAACAACAACCACGGCAGCGACUACAACAACUGCUCUUCCAACAACAAUAACUGCUGCCCCGUCAACAACAAUAACUGCUGCUCCGACAACAACUACGGCAGUAACUACAACAACUGCUGCUCGAACAACAACAACUGUUGCUCCGACAACAACAACUGCUGCCCCGACAACAACAAAUGCUGCUCCAACAACAACCACGGCAGCGACUACAACAACUGCUGCUCCAACAACAACAACUGUUGCUCCGACAGCAACAACUGCUGCCCCUAUAACAACAACAAUUACUGCUCCAACAACAACUACGGCAGCGACUACAACAACUGCUAUUCCAACAACAACACCUGCUGCCCCGUCAACAACAAUAACUGCUGCUCCAACAACAACUACGGCAGUAACUACAACAACUGCUGCUCCAAAAACAACAAAUGUUGCUCUGACAACAACAACUGCUGCCCCGACAACAACAACAAUGGCAGCAACUACAACAACUACGGCAGCAACUAGAACUACAGCAGCCACUACAACAACGAAUGCCCCGACAACAGCAACUGCUGCCGCUACAACAACAACCAUGGCAGCGACUACAACAAGUUCUGCUCCAACAACAACAAUAACUGUUGCUCCGACAUCAACAACUGCUGCCCCGACAACAACGACAACUGCUGCUCCAACAACAACUAA